AAAACCAUAUAGUGGUAGCAGAACCAAGCACCAAGCAGUCUCUUAUUGCCCUAGCAAUAUUGAGUAAGAGUUUGGCUACCUAGCUUGGGGUCCCACGCUUCCAGCUUCUGACCCAGUUUCCUCCUUUGAGGAGGUUGAUGUUCUCCCUCUAGUGGCUGAAAUGAAGUAAUGCAGAUAGAGAGCCAGCAAAGUACCUGGCAGAACACCUGCUCAUAAUUAGCAACUGCGGUCAGAGUCACUUGGCCCAUCCCUUCCUGCUGUAAGGCCUCAAGAGACAGUGAGCCUCCCAGACUUGUCUCUCUGCUCGUGCUGGGCACCUUAGUGUGUAAAGUGUUCGUCCCCCCGCCCCCCUCCUUAGGCCUGGUCCAACAGGUUUGGGGAAGGGCAGAUUGAGGGGUGGGCCUCUGGGUGAGACAGCCCAGGAUUAAUUAGAGGGAGAUGGGAAGAGGGGCUGGGCCAAGCUGGCCCACAGAAGUUCCAGGAGACUUCAACGUGCGAGAGGCCAUGGGCCGGGGCUUAAAUUCUAGCAGGCUCAGACGCAAAAGUCGGUUACAACUUCGUGUCCAGAAGCGCAGGCAGCAGCAGGAGAGGCUACAGCAGGAGAAUCAUGAGCUCCGUCGAGGACUGGCUGCCCGGGGUGCUGAGUGGGAGGCCAGAGCUGUGGAACUGGAGGGAGAUGUGGAAGCCCUGCGGGCCCAGCUUGGCGAACAGCGGUCAGAGCGGCAAGACAGUGGUCGAGAGCGGGCGAGGGCCCUUGGUGAACUCAGCGAGCAAAACCUCAGGCUGAGCCAGCAGCUGGCCCAGGCCUCCAGGACUGAGCAGGAGCUUCAGCGGGAGCUGGACACCCUUCGGGAGCGGUGUCAGACUCAGGCCCUGGCAGGGGCAGAGCUGGGAGCGAGGCUGGAGAGUCUACAGGCAGAGAACCAGAUGCUGCAAGACCGCAGGCAGGACCUGGAGGCCCAGAUCCGAGGCCUUCGUGAAGAAGUGGACAAAGGGCAGAACAGGCUACAGACCACCCAUGAGGAGUUGCUGCUGCUUCGUAGAGAGAGAAAAGAACACAAGCUAGAGCUGGAACGCGCCCGCUUCGAGGCUGGAGAGGCGCUGAGAACGCUGAGGGGGCUGCAGCGGCGGGUGUCAGAGCUGGAGGAGGAGUCGCGACUCCAAGACACCGAGAUAUCGGGCGCCUCCCUGCAGACCGAGCUCGCCCACAGCCUUGACAGUGACCAAGACCAAGACCAGCAAGUCAAUGAAUGUGGAGGCUCUCAGGCCAUAUUGUCCCCUGAGACUCAAGAGACAUCCAGUCCCCAGCCUUCAAUACAGGAAGAGAUCUUGGAGCCACCUAAGAAACGAGCAUCCCUGAGCCCAGUGGAAAUACUGGAGGAGAAGGAGGCAGAAGUGGCCAGGCUGCAGGAUGAGAUCACGCUACACCGUACAGAGCUACAGACGCUGCGGGAUGAGCUGCAGAGACAAAAGGAGCUGAGAGCGCAGGACAAUCCAGAGGAAGCCCUGAGCAGUGCGCUCUCUGACCGGGACGAAGCAGUGAACAAGGCCAUGAAGCUGUCACUGGAGCUCAGUCGUGUCUCCCUAGAGCGGGACUCUCUGUCCCGGGAGCUGCUGCGCGCCAUCCGCCAGAAGGUGGCACUGACGCAGGAGCUCGAGGCUUGGCAGGACGACAUGCAGGUAGUGAUUGGACAGCAGCUGCGCUCCCAGCGCCAGAAAGAGCUCAGUGAGGCUGCAGCCGCCCCAAGACGUGCGAAGACCCGCUUUUCACUGCGCCUGGGAUCCGGGCAGAGUGGAGGCUUUCUGAGCAACCUCUUCCGAAGGACCUGAGGGUUGGGGGCCAGGGCUACCUUUUCUCACUCUGGAGCUCAAUUUCCUAACAGCCAAUGGAGCCGUGGGGUCUAAAAUGACUUCCAAGGGAAGUCUUCCAUGCCCCAAGAGGUGGACAGAGGCACUUUGGGUGCAGGGGCCAGCUUUGGGGCAGGUGCCCCAGGUGGGUGGCGGGGGCAGAGCUGUUUAUUUUUUGAAUCUAAAUAGAUCUAUCUUUUCUAA